AUGGCGCAGGACAACACCGCCAAGUCUGAGGAGGACGGGGGGCAGCAGUCGCUGCUUGGAUUGCCGUGUGGCGUGCGCGGGCCGGACGCGGCGGUGCGGCGGGGGCAGUUGCUGGAGGUUCGCUACUUGUGGACGCCGGCGCUUCUCAACGCCGACCGACACGCCACGCCGCCGCUGUACGGCUUUGUGCGCCUGAAGGAUGUGAACCACCGCCUGAGCGGGUGGUUCCCCGUGGACGACAUUGAGCUGAAGGAGUCGAAGGGCGGCGGCGGUGGCGCGGCAGUGGGCACCGUGUCCCCGCCGCCAUCUGGAGCCAACCGCAUUCGUGGCCCGGUCCUGAGUUCGGUGUAUCGGGAGAUUACAGUGGGGAUGAUUCGAACCCGCCGGGGGGAGAAGCAGCUGGAUUUCUUUGAGGAACGUUUGCUGCGCGACUGCCGCACCCCGACGACCAUUCGCUACUUUGUGUAUUUGUGCACUUUUGCCUUUGCUCCCUGGUACUAUGCGCCGUACGGCAUUUUCAACAGCGAGUUUGAUCCGUUGGCAUCCAACUCGCUUACCGACUCGGAGCGAGCGCGGCUGAGAUUGCCGGCGGACUUCAAGGAGCACAACCCCUUUGUCCGAGAUGCCUACUUGUGCCCAUUUUCCCUCCGCAUCUACAGCACCUUUGAGCAGAUGCAGCACGAGACACGGAACUACCGCGCUGGACGCUUGCGACCACCGGGGCUGGAGAUUUACCGCGAUGAGGCACGCGGGUUUUCCAUGUUUGAGGUGAACGGCAGUCGCCAGGUGACGUAUUGCCGCCACCUCUUUCUCCUAGGCAAGUCGUUCCUGGAGAACAAGCUGGCCGGGCACGACGUGCACAACUACUACUUCUACGUUGUCUGUCUGCACCAGCGACACUUUCCCCAGUACACCGACGAGGCCGCGGCCAUGUACUUUGUUGGCUACUUCACCUGGGAGAAGCAGGUGGCGGAUAACAACUUGGCCUGCAUUGUCACCCUGCCGUGCUUUGCCGGCGGCGCGGCCCCGUCCCCGGCGCACGGUGGCACCGCCAGGCGAGCGCCGUUGGGCCAUUUUGGGCAGUUUAUGAUCGCCGCCAGCUACGAGCUUGCGUACCGCAGGAAACACGUCGGCUCCCCGGAGAGGCCGCUGUCGGAUUUGGGCGCCUCGGCGUACGACCGCUACUGGCGCCGCGUCCUCGUGGCGUGGAUGCACUCGCUCCUGCCGGACGACGCGGCUGUCGUUAUCGCAGACGACGACGACGACGACGACGACGAGGACGACGACGACGAGGACGACGGCGGCGACAGCGAGCAAAGUGUGACGGUGGAGGCGACGACGGCCCCGGCGGGCCGCGGGCUCAAGCGGUCGCGCGCCGGCAGCUCGGAGCAAAACGGCGGGGCGGAGGGGGACGGCGAGGGGCGGGGGAUGCAGACGGAGACGCUGCGGGCCACGAGCGUGCGCGGCAUCGCGCGACUGGUGCGGCUGGAGGAGGCGGAUGUGCUGCGGACGCUGCUGGGGAUGGGGCUGCUGCACCUCAACGCCGAGGACCGCAGCCUCCGCCUCGUGAUCCCCGUCGCGUUUGUUCGCCGCGAGUUCGACAGGGCGAGGGGGUGGGCGAAGGACGUUGCCCGCGCGGAGUUUGACGCUGCCCUGCUGACGACAAACCGCGCCGGGGCCGCCUGGGCGACGGCGUCCCCCUCGCCCCGCCAGCAGCGGCAGCAGUCGAGUGACGCCGCGCGUUGA